AGACGACUUGCUGCUCAUUAGACCCGCAAAUCAGAAUCACAGCUACGUUGCUCAGGCCGUGAGCAGAGGAUUGACGCUCCUGACUGUGCAGGACAGGAGGCAGCCAGGGCUGGUGGACUGCAUCCCUGUGCCCGUGCAGUGUGCCAUCGAGCCAGAGCUGCCUGGGGCCCUCGCAGUAGGAGAUGUUGUCUGUUUCAGCUCACCCCUCGUCAGCCAGGAAGGUGACCCGGGGACGUGGCACGUUUCCCCCCCCUCCGUGCUGAUCAUAGACAGCAUGAGUGGAGCAGCGUUAGCGAGGAGCUCUGGAACUGCUCUUGUCUUCCUUGAUAUCCCAGGGAUUGUGAAGACACACAGAGAGGUGGCAGUCGAUGCCUCGUCCCGCUUACAUCUCCAGGCUGCUCAGAAAAGCUUUUUAACCAACGCUCCCAAUUCCUCUGCGUUCCGCCUUCUCAUUGCCACGGGCAGCGGGAGAGAAACCCUCCAAGGCUCCUGCAGCUCCGCUCAGGUCGGUGCCAUCAGGCAGCGUUUGGUCCCUCAGUCCCACCUGCGGUGCCAGCUGAAGUUCAGCAGCGGCGUGGAGGGCGUUGCAGCGGGGGACGUCUUCCACGUGAGCUCCGAGUUCAGCACCCAGGAAGGUCUCUAUGUCUGCGUCAUCACCGCUAAACCGCAGCCCAGGGAAGCCCUGCGGGCGCUCAGCACAACCGACGCCUCUGUGCACGUCCUGGUUUCUCUCAGCAGCGACACACAGAGCAUCCUGGUUCCUUUCCUCCCUGCCUUCUCCCUCGGUCACUCAGAAUUAGCCUUCAGCAGCACGCAGCCGAGCGCCGUGCUGAGCGUGCUGGGAGCCGAGCAAGUCCUGGAACAACUGGAGGUUCAGUCCAGCUCUCCAGCCUUGGCAGUGGCGCCUCCCGAGUUCUUUUCCGACAAGCCCGGGCUCGUGCAUUACGCCGUGCGUGUGCUCGACUUCAGCUCCCUCCGCCAGGGGCCGCCGGUCUCCAUCACCGUCUCUUGUCCUCUCACCGGCCAAAGGGACGUGGUCACAUCCAGAGCCGUCGCGGCGGAGCAGCCCCCGGGGCAGCGCGGCGCGGUGGGAAUUCACCGGCAGCUCGCGAGCUCCUUCCAGAUCCUCCUCUUCACUCUCUUUGCCGUCCUGGGAUCCACAGCUGUUACUUACCUCGCAUGCAACGCCUUCCUGGCCAGGCUGCAGGCUGUGCCCCUCGUUUAUGCGCCCAACACGGCUGUGCCUCAGGCAGGCGUUUUCCACCCCCCCGGCCCCACGCAGGGAGGCAGGAGGACGCAGCUGGGGCUGUGGAGCGUGCAGAACUGAAUCUGAGCGCCCUCGUACCGCGUGGAGCUGCUGUGUUGUGAGUGGGGGGAGGGCAGCACCCAGCUCCCCCCCUCAUCUGUUGGGCUGAAGCACGCAGGUCGGCUGUUGGCCGUUGAAAGAAGGUGGAGGCAGUUCGGCAGCUCGGCAGAAGCCAACAGCCCCACCUCCCUCCCUUCACGAGCAAUAAAACCAA